AUGUGCCAAGACAAAAAACGGGUCCGGGCCCGGGCCCCGGUGCUGUGUCUCAACUGCAAGCGGCGCAAGGUGCGCUGCGACAAAGGCAGGCCCUGCUCCGGGUGCGUGCGCAACAACGUGGGCCAUCUUUGCGAGUACGUGGACCCGAAAUGGGCCGGGGCGGCGGACGCGGCGGAAGGGCCGGGCGAGGCGGGGCGCUUGCGGGCGCUAGCCGCCGAGCUCCGGCGGCAGGUCGAGGCGCAGGGCCGGGAGCUUCUGUGUUUGCGGGCGCGGGUGAAAGGAAUGGCUGUAGGUGGGCUGGUUGGGGAUGGGCUGGCAAUGACUGGGCUGGCUAUGAAUGGGCUGGCUAUGACUGGGAUGACUGGGAAUGGGAUACCUAAGAAUGGGAUACCUAAGAAUGGGAUACCUGAGAAUGAGCCGCCGCCAUCCGCCGCCGCGCCGCCGGCGCUCUUCUCGUGGCUCAACAUCAUCAAAAUCGACCCGCAGCUCACAGCACUCUGGUUCCGCAUCACCAGCCUCCAGAAAACUUACCACCUCUACAAAACCGCGCUCCUCAGGAACCCGCCGCCCCUGAUACCGCUGCUUCUGCUGCUGCUGCUGCUGCUGCUGCUGCUGCUGCUCGCCAUGGUGCGGACGGCCUCGGCCGGCUGCUCGGAAAAUACCGCCUGCGGCCACCACCAGUGCCCGGUCGUGGCGUGUGAAUUCAACCACAUGCUCGAGCAGUCGGAGCUGCCAGAACCGGCGGCAGCCGGCGCCGACAGCGGCUGCGGCACCGACAAUGACAACGACGACGCCUUGCGGUUGCUCGGCGUGCUCCAGAACACGUGGGCCGCCGUCGUGGCGCAGGGCCGUGGGCCCCCCAUGGGCGCCGCCCACCUCUCGUUCCUCGUGCGCCACUACAUGGACGCGCCGGGGCCGCCGCAAACCCCCGCGGAGUCGCCGGGCUUGGUGCGGUACUUCUGGCCCGAGAUCCGCGCGUUGUUCUCGGGCACCGGCGCCGACGCCCGCCUCAACGUGGGCCCGUUCGGCCCGGCCAUGUCCGACGGCGCCGUGCUCGGCCUGCUCCGCUCCAAGGCCGUGUACUUGUGCAUGCUAGCGCUUGUGGUGGAGGAGACCAUGGACCUGCUUGGCCUGCAGGGACAUGUGCCCGCAGCCACGGCCAGCGAGUUCCGGGCGCUUUUCCCGCCGCCGCCCGCCAGCGCACCUUCCUCCGGGCGCUCCCCGCCACUCUUGCGCCACGUGCUCGCGCUUCUCCGCGCCGUGUUGCGCCCGCUGGGCCCGCUCGACGACAUGGACAGCCUGGUGGCGGUGCUCGCGUUGAUGGUGGCGCUCCUCAACAGGCUCUGCUUGCUCCACGAGCGAAAGGACCCGCAGCUCGACACGCGUGACGCGUUCACCCAGGUGCUCGUGCUUCUCUUGCAGACACUCAACAAGCAGGGCCAGCCGUUGCAGGUGUGGUGUGAUCCGGCCCAAGUGCAGCUCCAGACCCCCGCAUCGCCCGGCGCUCUGUCGGCCCUGCUGGCCCUGCGCCCGGACACCGGCGUCUUGUUCUGCCGGCUCUGGCACGACCUCUUGCGCUUGGUCAACAACGUGUCCUUCCACCUCUUGCCGUUCGCCAAGCACGGCUCACCCAUCGACGCGCUCUUGGCCACCUUCCUCGCCACUGUGCCCGAAGUCGAGGCCGCCAACUGGCACGUGGCCUACCUCGCCAGCGUCCAGGAAAGAGCUCCGUCUGGCCAGAUCGCCGAGUUGAUUGCCUCCAUCCAGCUGCAGCAUGUGAUCAGCCGCGCGUCCUUCUUGCUCCGCAACGGCAUCCACAGACACUUCUCGGACGGCGGCGUGGCCGUGGCCAGCUUCCUGCUGGUUGCCACAGAGCUUUCGGCCCGCUGCUCCUGCGCGGACCUCGCCAAUAUCCGGCCCGUGCGCAGAGUCGAGACCUUGACCAUGCUCCACUACUUGGAGUUCUUCUUCUCGGCCGUCGUGUUCCUCCAGUUCGAGGAGACCGCCAACACCGACGCCACCGCCAGGCUUGUCCCCUUGCUUUUCGACAAGUUCCUCGCCAUCAACCUGUUCUGGCAAGCCAGCGCCUUGGGCCUCGCCGAAGAUGCCCACGCCGCGUACGUGUGGGCUGUGGUGGCGGAAAACUUGGCCCGCCUCUCGCACCUCGUAUCGGGGCUCCUCAUCAGGUUCAAGCCUGAGCCCAAAGCGGCCGGCGCCGCGGCCUCCCUCCAGGGCCCGCGUGUCUUGGUCUACUCCGCCGCGAGAUCAUGUGGCCUGGCCUCCUCGGCCAUCACCAUCCCCGUGGAAAAGAAGGAGCAGGUGAUCCGCGAGGUCGACCGCACCGUGGAGAUCUUGGAGGCCAAGAUGGGGCGCGAGUCUGCGAGGCACCGCACCAAGAUCUGGAAGUUCUACCAGACCUUCAUCCGCAACUCGCACAAAAUGAACCCUGCGUCGUACGCCAGGCUCCACGCCGAGGCCCUCGGCGCAGGCAGGAUUUUGGACAAGUGCCCCAUCAUGUCCAGCAGUGGGUACGAGACGUCUGCCACCCGCAUGGAACUAUCGAGGUGCCCUGUUUUUCAUACCAGCGCAGGCAGAACGUCCAACUCCAGAGUGUCCGCAUCGCCCGGGUGCCCUGUUUCUGGGGCCUCCUCCGGAUUCAUUUCCAAGUCCACGCCGGCCUUGGAAAACAACGAGCGGCGGCGCAAGCGGAAAUGGACACACGGGCCGAACCCUGACGCUCUCCAGGACACACGCAGAGACACAGGAAGCCUAUUGAUGGGCAGGCAUGCAAAGUACACGCCGCCGCUCUGUGUGCCCUCGCCAUCGCCGGUCCCGGCCCCCAGCUCCGUCAUGGCUCAGCCAGAAAUAGACAGUGACACUUUGCCUCAGGGCUCCUUUUUGGACAUGGACUGGGAAAGCUUGCCUGACUUCAAUUUCGACAUGAUGGAGGACGAAAACCUCAUGGUUCAGCUCAAUGGCGGAGACUUCACCAAUCCGUUGAUUGAGGGCUUAUUCCAGUAA